GCAGUACCUGGAAGAGAUCGGCAUACACUUCCGAAGAUGUCAUACAGCACAACCCAUCCGGGAGGACGCGCACCACUGGGUGGUCGUCAGGGCGUUGUCGCACAAGAUCGUACAUUGAAAAUUGUCACGGAAAUGCGAUCCGGAACCGCCGCCGUAGGUUCCGGGAUGUCUCCAUUCGGACAGAAUGCUGCAAGUGCAAUUCGGGAUACUCGCGAACGUGAGAAGAAGGAAAUGAGCGAUUUGAACGAUCGCUUGGCUAGCUAUAUCGAAAAGGUCCGCUUUUUGGAGGCACAAAAUCGCAAGCUAGCCGCCGAUCUUGAAGCCCUCCGAGGUAAAUGGGGAAAGGACACACAUAAUAUUCGAACGAUGUAUGAAGGAGAACUCUCGGAUGCUCGAAAGCUCAUCGAUGAAACAAAUCGACAACGCCAAGAUUUGGAGGGGCAGAUUAAGAAGAUGCAAGAUGAGCUAACCGAACUACGCCACAAAUAUGAGGACGCUGUUCGUGGACGAGAAUCCGACCGUGCCAAAAUUGACGAUUUGCUUGUGCAACUUUCAAAUCUGGAGGCUGAGAUCAACUUGCUCAAACGUCGCAUCGCUGAUCUUGAAGAGGAAGUCAAAUACAUCAAACAGGAAAAUCAGCGCCUUCUUUCGGAACUUCAACGUGCACGCACGGAUCUUGAUCAGGAGACUCUGAACCGCAUUGAUUACCAGAACCAAGUACAGACUCUCUUGGAAGAGAUCGACUUCCUUCGCCGCGUUCACGACAACGAAAUCAAGGAGUUACUGGCACUGGCAUCACGUGACACUACCCCCGAAAACCGCGAGUUCUUCAAAAACGAACUUUCUUCUGCUAUUAGAGAAAUUCGUGAUGAGUAUGACCAGAUCACAAGUGCCCAACGCACGGAUAUGGAAUCUUGGUAUCGUCUCAAAGUGCAAGAAAUCCAAACUCAGAGUGCUAGACAGACUAUGGAACAAGGAUAUGCCAAGGAGGAGUUAAAGCGUCUGCGCACGCAGCUUAGCGAUCUUCGUGGAAAGCUUGCUGAUCUCGAGGGCAGGAACUCCCUCCUGGAGAAGCAAAUACAAGAACUCAACUACCAACUCGAAGACGACCAGCGCUCAUACGAAUCCGCUCUCAACGAGCGUGAUACCCAAAUUCGUAAAAUGCGGGAAGAAUGUCAGGGUCUCAUGGUCGAACUUCAAAUGUUGCUCGAUACCAAGCAGAAUCUGGACGCUGAGAUUGCCAUCUACCGCAAGAUGUUGGAAGGUGAAGAAGACCGCGGCGGACUGAAGCAAUUAGUCGAGCAGGUUGUCAGAACUCAUGCUCUCCAGCAAGAACUUGAUACUGAGACCAUGAGAUUAGUGAAAGGUGAAACUGCUUCUCGUCAAUCGUUCCAAAGAUCAGCCAAAGGCAAUGUGUCCAUCCACGACGCUGCACCUGAUGGCAAGUUCAUAGUGCUCCAGAAUACCCAUCGCGCUAAAGACGAAAUGAUCGGUGAAUGGAAGCUGAAGCGUCGCAUCGAAGGGAAACGCGAAAUAGUGUACACUCUACCUAGAGAUUUUGUAUUGCGUGCCGGUAAAAGCGUGAAGAUCUUCGCUCGCAACCAAGGCGUCGCUUCUCCACCUGAUCAACUCGUUUACGAAGGGGAAGAUACCUUUGGAUCUGGUAAUUCGGUACAAACUAUUCUCUUCAACAAAGAGGGAGAAGAACGUGCCACACACAUUCAGCGCCAAAGCACUGCUUAAGCAACUUAUUACAACAAUUAGCUUCAAGCGAUUCCAUCCCUAGAUGGAGUUACUUCACCGAAACAGCCUUUUGCUUGAGGAUAUCGUGCUUAGCAUUUUGAGAGCUUUUAGUGUUAUUUUCGGGGCCGAAUACGUGAACUUCCCCGCCGGGAAGAUAAGCGCAGCUCAAAAUCCAGUUUCAUAACCUGAAGCCCCUAAGUUCUGAAGUGCACACUUUCUGUCCAUUUUCAAGUGUUUCUCUUAUCCUCUUACUAUAAUCAUAUUGAACAGCAGCAAGUUGUUGUUUGAGCCAUUCCGAGCUUUUUUCUAUAAUCGUCUUAUGAUAACC